GCACGACACGUCACUGCGAGAGACCUACUUAAGCAAGGCACGGAGCAUCGAUCCCAUCCAUCAAUCAUGUCCGGCGCGCAAGGAGCACAGCCGAAGGGCGCUUUCACGGCGACCACCUACACGUCGGCGGGUGCAGCCGCUGGUGGCGAGGAGAGCCGGCAGCCGCCGAGGACCGAGCUCCGGUCGGUCGAGGACGAGCGCGGCCUGCCCGUCAGGAAGCUCGAGGACACGGUCCAGGCCGCCGCAGGCAAGGGCGGGCCGGUGUUCGGCGCCGGCACGGAGGAGGGGAAGCCCGACCUCGGCGUCACCGGCACCGGCGGAGGCUAGCUGUUAGUUCAACCUUGAAGUGCUAUGUUAAAUGGUGCGUGUGCAAGUGCAGUGUAAAACUGUGAUGAACUAGUAAUUAUGUAACAUCAAGGACUGGAAUAAGAUAAGACAAUCGAUAUUAUCAGAC